CGUCAGUCCCUAUAUAAUCAAUCGCAUCCGUUUAUCUCGGAGCUCCAUUAGAUGCUUCUAGUGCUUAUAUCUUUCUUUUACAUUAGGCUCUCUCUCCCGAAGGCUGAGCCGUCUCUGUCCCUCUCUACUCUUUGGAGUUAGAUCGAGCCUUAGUAAUGGCCUUUGUCAAAGCUCAAAAAUCCAAGGCCUACUUCAAGCGAUUUCAAGUCAAGUUUAAGAGAAGGCGAGAGGGGAAGACUGACUACCGGGCCCGGAUUCGCUUAAUUAAUCAGGACAAGAACAAGUAUAAUACUCCUAAAUAUCGAUUUGUUGUGCGAUUUACCAACAAGGAUAUUACUGCACAAGUUAUCUCUGCCAGUAUUGCUGGUGAUUUGGUUCUUGCUGCUGCUUAUUCACAUGAACUGCCCCAUUAUGGGCUUGAAGUUGGCCUUACUAACUAUGCAGCGGCUUACUGUACUGGACUUCUUUUGGCCCGUCGCGUCUUGAAAAUGCUUGAAAUGGAUGAGGAGUAUCAAGGCAAUGUGGAGGCUACUGGCGAGGAUUUCUCAGUUGAGCCCUCAGAGAGCAGAAGGCCAUUCCGUGCUCUCCUUGAUGUUGGUCUUAUCAGGACAACGACUGGAAACCGUGUUUUUGGUGCCCUCAAGGGAGCAUUGGAUGGUGGUCUUGAUAUCCCCCAUAGUGAGAAGAGGUUUGCUGGUUAUGGGAAAGAAAGUAAGCAGUUCGAUGCUGAAGUUCACCGCAAGUAUAUCUAUGGUGGGCAUGUUGCUGCAUAUAUGAGGACCUUGAUGGAAGAUGAACCUGAGAAGUACCAGUCUCACUACAGUGAAUAUAUCAAAAGAGAGAUUGAACCGGAUGACUUAGAGGAGUUGUACAAGAAAGUUCAUGCUGCCAUUCGUGCUGAACCCUGCAUGAAGAAGGUUAAGAAACAACCUCCCAAGCAACACAAGAGGUACAACUUGAAGAAGCUUACUUAUGAGGAACGGAAGGCCAAGCUGAUUGAGAGAUUGAAUGCAUUAAACUCAGCUGAAGCUGAUGAUGAUGAGGAUGAUGAGUAGGAUUAGUGUGCAAGUGAGGGUUUCAUAGAUUUUGAUCAUCUGUUGCAGUUUAAAAGAGCGACCUGUCUAUGUUUUGAAACUAAUCUUUUCAGAAGAUAUUUGUCUAUUUAUGGGCAAUUUUGCAGCUUGGAUUGUGUGUUA